AUGAAAACAAAACAUAUUCGAUACUUCGGCGAUAUACGUUAUACUGAUUUGGAAAACCCACUUAAAAGGCUAAUUUUCUGGAAAGUCAUUCAAAACACGUAUAAGAAACAAAGAAAGACAAUUGACUGUUUACGAGCCAAAACAAGAAGACAAGCAAACAAAAUUUGGUCUCUUCAAUUAUUGACAAACCAUUUGAAGCGAAUAAAUAUGAUAUCGGAGAAUGCUCAACACAUGCUUGAUGGCACCAUUGCAGAAGACAUUUUCAACAAAAUUCAAAGAGGCCGAAAAAAAGAAAAAUAUAGUGCAGAACUGCGUCGCUAAAUGGCUAAAAUGGCUAUCAGAGUCUACAGAGUACGCUAAAUCCCCAAGUAUACCGUUAUGUAUAAAACGAUUUAUAACCAACUUAAGCUCCACAAUAAAUGUAGUCUCAGAAUCUUCCUAAAUAAUAUUUCAUACAGGGUUGACCAAACAGACUAUUUUACAAUACUCGAAAGACCGAAUCUUUAGGCCAUCUCCUCCUGGAAUGUCCAUUAUACAAUCCAUUGAGAGAGCAUAUUCUGUCAGAUCGUUUGAACCAAAUCUGUGUCUUUGCUUGCCUAAAUAAAACGAAUGAGUUGAAUUUAUGAUACAAACUUUUUAAAUACUUUAGGGAACUAUUUAAGAUCUUUCUUAAGGAAUGAAUAGUUUUUUUGUGCCUUCAAGAUCAAGACAAUAUUUAAAUUGAUGCGUCAAUUAUUUAUUCUUUUUCUGUUUGUUUAUAUAUUUUUUUAUAUACAACUUUUGAUCAUGGUUACUAUCAUUUUCUUACUAUUUUUUUUGUAUUCAUACUCUGGACAGGAAAUUUUGUACUCAAUUCUUAUUAUUUACA